GCCCGUUUGUCCAUCUCCUCUUCCAAGUGUUCUUCAGCACUCUGGAUAUGCCAGAGGAGGUCGAUGCCUUCUGGGAGGGAUGCCAGCAGCAAUACGGCCUUACCACCAGCCCCAACAAGUGCUCCAUCCCAGUCCUCCUGUCCUUGCCAAAUCCCUGGGCAGCAGCCAGUGCUCCCAACGUGACCUGGGCUUUGCUCUGCGCACAGGUCUGCAGUGCGGACCCUGAAGUCCCUGCUCUGCCAAAUGCAGCACGAGGAUGUGGUGGUGGCAAUGGAACGCAAGUGUGGCUGGGACACGCUGCUGUGUGCUGACACCCACCACUGUGCUGUGGGUCUGCUGGCCAGGGAGAUGUCCUGUGUCUCCAUCCCCUUGUGCUCCCGGAUCGCUCGCUACCUGCUCCGGCUGCUCAGCACACAGGAGCCACGCUGGGAGCUGCCCUCCCUGGCGUUCCUUGUGGAGGUCCUCGAGUUCCUGAACCUGAGUGAAUGCGGUGCUGACAGAGUCCUGCAAAUCUUGUCAAGGCACCUGAGGAGCGAGUGCAAGGAGAGGGGUCACCUGGUGCUCAGGGCCCUUCUCGAGCUCAUCAAGGAUCCCUCGAUGAGAGAAAAAAUGUGGAGCCUGACUGAAAGUCUUGUGGAGCUCCUGUGGGAUGCGGAUGGAGAGAUAGUUAGCAUGACAGUCCUGCUCCUCAACUUUAUCAUCUUGGACAAGGACAUGCUGACAGCCAGCCCCAUCACACUGCAGCUGGUUGAGGCGCUCCUGCCACUCCUUGACCACGUAAGGCUCACUGCCCCCAGCCACGGCCACUGGCUCCUGCCCAGACACUUUAUGACCUGUGGAUUUGCAGGUCUGCACAAAGCUGAGCCCCAUGCAGCCAAUGCUGAGGUCUCUUUUUCUUCCCUUCAUACAGAACAAUAGCCAAGUGCAGCUGCUCUCCAUACUGCUCUUCUGAACAUGGAUGACUUUUCCACAGGAAAAACAAAAAGAGGCUCUGAAGGCACACGUGCGCCAGAGCCUGCUGCCACUCUCCUUCCACUGCCAUGAUGAGAACCAGCGAGUGGCAGAGGCUUCUCAGGAAAUGCUGCUUUGUGCGGCCGAGUUAGUGAAGAGGAGGGAUCUUGAAAAGCUGGUGAAGAACCAGGAGCUGUGGAAAUUCUCCGAGUGCCAGGUAAGGAGGGCCGGGAAGCCGCAGCCCCAGCCUGGAGAAGCCCCCUGAGCGCGGUGCUCGGUGUGCGGGCUGGCAGCUGUGCCCCUGCCCGCUGCUGCAGCCCGAGGCCGCGUGGGCUCUGCUCCAGGCUCCUGCGGCCCGAGCCGGGUGCCGAUGGAGCCCCGGCCCGGCGGGGCUGCGGGGCCAACCCUUCCCUCCUGCCGCUCUCUGCAGCUGGCAGAGGACA